AUGGACAGGGGAAGUAUAUCUGAAGAAAAUAAUACAGCUGAAUCCUUAUUCACAGAUGACAAUGAAAAGAGGGCAUUAGCCAAAGGGGCGCACGAUUUAUUAAACCAGCAGCAGGAAGCUGCGGAUGAAGUUAUUGAAGAGGAGGAGAAGGAAGAAGUAGAAGAGGCAUCCGUCGAUAUAGAGCACAUGCCCGUUGUUGUGGAGGAAGCUACCGUUGUUGUGGAAAAGCCUGUCAUUACUGUAGAAGAGCAUGUAGACCAGGAUAAGGAGGAGUCAGCAGAACAAGACGGCCAGGAAUCUAAAGAGGAGGAAACUGAACAAUCCUUAGGGGAGCAGUCAAGAGAAGAAUUCGCAGAGGAGGAAAAGGAAAGAACAGAAACAGCUGUGGGCUCUGUGGAUGAUAUCUUGAAGGAGGAAAUGAAAAAAAUAGAAGAGUCUGUGAAGGGGGCCCUUGGAGUUGUGCAAGAAGCAGGAGGAUUUAAUCCAAGUAUGUUAGGAAAUUUAAAAGAUAUAGAAGCGUUGCACAGGGGCGUACCUGGCUUAUUGGAAGAGGCCAAAGACAUUGCUGCAGUUGAAAUUGAAUCUUUGAAGAGUAUGUUCUCUGGUGCCUUCGAUGCAAAUGGUGUUAAGGGAAUGCCACAAAUAAAAAUGCCACCAGAAUUGAAAUCGGUUAUGAUGCCAAAGAAGGAACAAAAAGGAAAACCCCAUGAUAAGAAGCCAAAAGACAAAGUGCCAAGUAAAGCAGUACAAAAGGAAAAACCGAAGACGAAAGCUAUAUUGCCCAGAAAGAAUAUAUCGGAUCUGUUUCUAUUUCCAAAGCAUAUAUUUAGUUCGCUUAAAAACUUUAAGGAAGGUGCAUUGAAAUUUUCAAACAUGAUUGGAUUAAAUCUGGAAUCGAUUAAAAAGCAUUUAACUACAGUUAAGAACUUCCUUUUGAGAGUGGAUGGACUA